AUGCUUUUUUCUCUUCAUCAAGCGCAGGAGGAGGUAGAUGAUGCACUGCACGAGCAGGAGACACAGCAGAUGAAUAUGUUUACAGCUAUAAACGAAGCCAUGCGCAUUGCCAUGGAGACUGAUCCUACCGCUGUGCUCUUUGGUGAAGAUGUAGCCUUUGGUGGUGUCUUUCGCUGCUCUGUGGAUCUCCGUGAAAAGUUUGGAAGCGAUCGUGUUUUUAACUCGCCACUGUGCGAACAAGCAAUUGCCGGCUUUGCUAUCGUUAAUGAGGCGGCCAAGUUUCGGUAUCGUUCGGGCAACGAUUUUAAUUGUGGCAAACUUACGCUACGGGCCCCGUACGGAGCUGUAGGCCACGGUGGUCACUACCAUUCUCAAUCGCCGGAAGCAUACUUUGCUCACACACCUGGUCUUAAAGUGGUUGUACCACGCAAUCCGGCAACAGCAAAGGGUUUGUUACUAGCAUCCAUUCGAGAUCCCAAUCCCGUCAUUUUCUUGGAGCCAAAGGCUUUAUAUCGCGCAUCUGUGGGAGAGGUACCAGUAGGGGAAUACGUACAAAACCUAAGUGAAGCCGAGAUUUUGCGGCAAGGAACGGAUAUCACAGUAGUUGGGUGGGGUGCGCAAAUGCGAGUACUGGAGGAAGCCUGUCGGUAUGCUGAAGACGUUGGUAUCAGCUGCGAACUUAUCGAUUUGCAGACAGUAUUUCCCUGGGAUGCUGACACUAUCGAGCACUCGGUCCGUAAGACUGGUCGACUCGUGAUAAGCCAUGAAGCUCCGAAAUCGGGUGGUUUCGCCGCCGAAAUUUCGUCAAGUAUACAGGAGCGGUGCUUUUUAAGUCUGGAGGCGCCUAUACAGCGCGUGUGCGGCUACGACAUUCCCUUUCCGCUCGCGUAUGAAUCACAUUAUCUGCCGGAUGCACUGCGAAAUUUCGAAGCGAUUAAGAAGAGGUUGGUCUGGAAUGUGACGCUAUCCUACUUUCGUGCUCUUUGA